CUUUGGUGCUCGAGCCUUCGGUUCUCGCAACAGCUGCUGGGUGGCUGCGAUGCCCAGGAAUGCUCAAAAUCAAUGACGAUAGUUCUGUGUCCCAGACGUAUGGGUGCAGAGAAGCGGGCUCGAUCUGCGCCCUUGCAUAUGACGAGGGAUCCUUGAGCUCGCCGUAUGGUAAGUGAUCGCUAAAUAGGCUCAGGUUGUCGCCCGGUUGGUUUCUCCUCUGGCACUCUGCCUCGAACCUUCAGUCGUGAUAUUCAAGAUCGUGAUCACACAUCCCGGUACAAAAUGCCUUCCAAAGACAAAUAUACCGACCCCAAGCUUCGAGAAGAAGUGCAGGAGGACUUGAAGCAGUCCGACAAAGGUGGUGCGCCGGGACAAUGGUCUGCACGGAAGGCGCAAAUGAUGGCCAAGGAAUACAAGGAGCGGGGCGGAGACUACACCACUCCCAAAGAAGAUCAGGAUGAGUCUCAAAAGCAUCUGAGCAAAUGGGGCGAAGAACAAUGGCAGACAAAGGAAGGUAGCGCGCAUGCGAAACAAGACGAUGGCACCCGGAAAAGAUACCUGCCCAAGAAGGCAUGGGAAGAGAUGAACGAGAAGGAGAAAGAAGAGACAGAGCAAAAGAAGCAGGAAGGCGGUAAGAAGGGACACCAGUUCGUGCAGAAUACCUCACGAGCGAAAGCAGCGAGGAAGAAUGCCAAUGAGGCCGAAGAUGCGAAAUACGAGAAGGAGACGGAACAAGAGAAGCCUCGGUCCGGGAGACAAACGAGGAGUAGUACGAAGAAGGACCAGGCCAAAGACGAAUCGACAGAACAGCCAGAAAAGAAGGACAACAAGCAGGAGCAACCCGCCAAAGCCAAUGGUCAGAAGGAUGAUAACAAGGAACAGCAGCCCGGCCACAAACGCAGUCGCAGCAAGAACGACAAGCACGACGAGGAGCAAGAGUGGAACAAGAGACAGAAAGCCAAUUCAGGCAGCGAAACAGGCAAUGGCAAGACGAACGGCACCGUCAGCUCCAAGCAUGACAAGGACGAAGCGCCUGCAGCCCAAGGCUCGAAUGCAAGAGUGCCCAAGAAAGGCCAAACUGCGCAUUGGAAAUCGACGACCGGCUGGGUGGAGGGCAAAGUCGUUGAAGUUCUGAAAGCCAGGAAGGACGUCGAGGGCAAGCAGGUCAAAGCAACCAAGGAUGACCCGAGGAUUGUACUGAAAAGCAACAGUUCUGGAAAGACCUCUGUGCACAAGCCCAACAACGUGUAUUUUGAUUGAGAGCAGCAAUCCCCCGGAAUGGAUCUUGUACACCACUGAAACGCCCUCUCUGGCUGGCAGAUAUAGUAUAAUAAGCAUCGCUGUU